AUGGCCCUCGCGGAGCGGGAGAGCGCACACCUCGAGUUCCCGCCGACGUGCGAGUGCUUGAUGGAGUGCCACGCGCUCAACCUGCGGGUGGUCUACGUCGACAACUGCGUCAACGUCUCGGGCAAGCCGCUGGCGCCGCGGGGGAAGGAUCCGCCGGCGCCGGCCUCGCACCCGUUCGAGGACCCGUUCGGGGACGGCCGAUGGCUGCGCCAGGCGUACUUCCCCUCGCGGCGGGACCCUCCCGUCUCUGCGGCGGCGCUGCUCGCGAGGAACCGCGAGCUUGGGGCGCGGCUGAGCGCGAACGCGAGCGCGACUGUCCGAGCGAACCGCUGCAGCGGCCGAGGCAUUCUGACGGAUCUGAUGCCGUGGGCGCCGCCGCGGUACAAGGGGCGCGGCCCCGCGUGCCACUGCUUCCCGGGCUGGUACGGUGUCCGGUGCGACUUGACCGAGCCUCCGCAAGAAGUCUCGCGCCUGUCCAAGGUCAGCUGCGUGCACGACUGCUCCGGCCGCGGUUUCUGCCGGCUCAACUUUUGCCACUGCGUACCGGGCACGUGGGGCGUGGACUGCUCCAGUGGGGCGCCGGACGCGGACGCAGCGGCCGCAGCGAUGGCGCGGGCGCACGCCCAGUCUUCGUCCCGUGGCGCGUGGCCAAUCUCGAACUGGAGUCGCGGGAUGAUGCGGCAGGGGCUUCCUCGCCCCAUCGGCCCGCCCCCCGCGCUCCGCAUCUACGUGUACGACUUGCCGCCGCGCUUCAACAUAUGGCUGGCCUCUCACUUUCGCGAGCCGGGGAGGUGGGACCAGUCGUACCUCUACUCGGCGGACCUGAAGAUGCACCGCUGGCUGCUGCGCUCUCCGCACCGCACGCUCGACCCGGAGGAGGCUGACUUCUUCUUCAUCCCGGCCUACCUCUCCCUCGGGUUCUACGACUUUGAGCUCGGCCUCUACUGGCUCGCGCAGCGCGGCGCGGCAAUGAUGCGCGAGCUGCUGGCGUACGUGCAGAGCGCGUGGCCGUACUUUGCCCGCCGCAAGGGCGCCGACCACGUGCUUGUGAUGACAAACGACAAGGGAGCGACCUUCAUCCGGUGGUCCGUGCCGCAGCUCGAGAAGGUGGUGCUCGUCACGCAGUGGGGGUGGAAGAAGUCGCACAUCCACCGCCCGGGCCAGGACGUCGUCGUGCCGCCGAUGCUCAAGGUGGACAAGCUGCUGCACGAGUCGCCCUUCCUCCGCCACUCGCAGUCCGCGGAGGCGUCCGCACGCGCCUCGGCCUUCGCCGCCGACAACGACCGCGGCGCGUGGCGCUACCUGCUCUCCUUUGUCGGCUCGGUCCGCUUCCACACGCCGGGCUACUCGUUUGGCGUGCGGCAAAAGAUCUUCCGGCAGUACAACGCCACGGAGGGCUUCCUUCUACGCGACCUCCGGGGCGACUCCACGCAUGGGGUGCACAAGAAGCUCGAGCCGGCAGAGUACCUGGCGGUGCUGCAGCAGUCCAAGUUCUGCCUCGCCCCCUCGGGCAUGGGCUUCUCGACCCGGGUCUACGAGUCCAUCGCACAGGGCUGCGUGCCGCUCAUCAUUCAAGACGACCCGACGACAAACACGUCCGUCGACUCGGCCUAUGCGGAGCUGCUGCCGUACGACCGCUUCUCGCUGCGGCUCUACCAGUCGGACAUCCCGCGCCUCGAGUCGCUGCUGCGCGCGGUCCCCCUCUCCCGGUGGCGCCAGCUGCGCAAAGGCCUGGCCUGUGUUUGGUCGCGCAUCCUCUGGCUCCACCCGGACAACGAGGCGCCCGGGGCGCAGGUCUCGGUCGAGGAGUCCAAGCGGGCGACCACAACCUCCCUCGGCCGCGAGAGCGGGCUGGAGGAGCACGACGCCUGGCACGCCCUCCUCGAGACGCUCCGCCGGCGCGCGCUCCUGCGGCGUGGCGUCAAGCCGCCCGUCUUCGACUGGCGCUCCCCGGCAGCCAGCUGCGAUCGGGGGACGGUCCCGUUGGCGUUGCACACAUGA